AUGUCCGAUGUCAGAUCGAGAUCUUAUGAGACGCACUUCUAUUGUGCCUUGUGCGGCGGUCCUUUUGCUCAAGUAUUCCGUACAGCUGUGAACCCCGCACAGCCUUCCUACGCCGUUGGAAGUGAGCAGGAUAUCUACAACAGCAAUACCGGGGAUGAGGAUCAAGACGAAGACGAUAGAAACGAAGACCUCGACAUCGACAAUGAGUUUAAUAUAUCACCACACAACAACCGUUGCAUUCCUGGGGAGGUGGUUCGCAAUAGCAUGAGCCAUGCGGCAAGCCGUAGCCGGGAGUUACGGCUGGUUGCAGAGGAGGAAGGUCGUAGACGAGGGAUGGUGAGUGAGAAGCGGAAGACAAUGCAGGCUUACAAUGGAAAACACAUCUCGACCAGGCAGAUGAAGUGGACAAAAAAUCUGCGUGCUCUGAUAUACAAGAAAUCGAACCACCAGCCGUUGAACCACGAACACUACGGCACAUCUACAGCAUAUCUUACCGGUAGAGGGCUCAUUCGACAGGUACAGAAUUGGGCCGAUGCCUUCGCUUCAGUCGAUGAGGAGGACGGCGAUGAUAACUCUGGGGUACAUACAGAGCACCCUUUCUUCUCAGACGAGGACAAGCAACAAAACACCUACGGCUUCCAUGUAUAUCAAGAACUUGGCCGUCCAGAUUCACGUUAUGUCAUCUCCUCGAUCCCAUUCCAUGACGAAUGCUGGUCUCUUUUAGACCUCGCAAUAGAGGAAUCAGGCAAGGAGCGAGGGGUGGUGCGAAUGAACGAACGUUUUGAUAUGGAUGAACUAUGGGGCUAUCUCAGAGGCUUGGUUGGUGUAACGGGGGUCAUUGAUAGCGCCAUAGUACCCAAUUCAACCGCAGCAGCCUUAUCAGAAGAGCGUAGAGGAAGUGGAGUAGUAUCGAGACUAGGAGAAGUUGAUUAUCGAGAGGGACAAGGAAGUGGUGAUGGUUGGCAGUGGAAGCAUGAGGAAGGCCUUCAUUGGCUUGCCGCAGAUCCAUCAUUGAUAUCGGUACUACAUUCACCCCUCUUGCCCGUCGGUGGUACUCAGUCACGCUCUUGUGCGCCUAGAGCGGCCCUCGAAGACCCGUUCCAAUCAAUGCCUCCCGAGAUAUUAUUGGAGUUUUGUAAAUUACUCACAUCGACUGAUGUCUUCAGUCUCAAAACGGCGAGUCCCGCGGUUCACAACCUGUGCCUUCCAGACAGUUUCUACCGACGCUUCUUACGAGAGGAAUUCCAAUACCUGCCGACAUUAGUCAAGGAGGUAAAGGACUACGAAGCUUGCCUUGAGCGACUUGACCGACCAGUACUAAGAAAUAUAGAUUGGAGAGGGAGUUUUGAACGUUUGAGAAAGCGAAUGAUGACUCCUAAAUCGUUGUCUGAUAGUGAAGAUGAGUGGGAUGCGGUAGAUAUCGGUCUGAAGAAUCGGAAUCGAAUCUGGAAGAUCGUUAAACCUAUGGCGGACGAACUGGUGGAAGGUUCAGACGUAAUACUCCAACAUAAGUAUCAAGCACCGGAGAGCAAAGCCGAGAAGACUGGUGUUGUGCGAGGGUACGCGGGGGUACGUACCGGGAAAGAGGGGACAACCCAGAGUGUCUAUUUUGGUUCACGCAUGAGAGAUCGAUUAUUUGAAGGGGAAGAUGAAGACUUGUUGGAAAUCAUCCUAGAGGUCGACAAAGUUCGUGUCUGGUUGGAUGGUGAAGAUGGACCUGUUUGUGGACUCGGCUUCUACAUCGUCAGCGUCAGCGAUGCUGAAAAAUACAAUACCAUGCAGAAACUUGGGAGAAGAGGCAGUGCUUUUGUAGACCUGGAUGUCCGGCCGGAAAAACUGACUGGAUUUGUCUUCUGUUUAGCGAACCAGAUAAUAAGUGGAAUACAGUUAGUUUACGGCAACGAUCAUACAUUCUCAAAGAAAUUUGGCCAUUGGAACGGUAAUUGCAGGAAGAUCACUGCCCCAGCUGAGUGGCGGAAACUUGUUGGUGUUAUUGGCUUCGUGAACUCAGCCGGAUUCAUUGAAACACUUGGAAUUCUGGAAGAGACCAUCUACCGUGGGAGGCGGGACCGAUUUGGACCUUUGCCUACCCCUCCAUCGACUGUUGAUCUGUCUCAUGGUGAGGCCUCUGUCUGGAAGAAACUCCCUCCAGCCAAUGCAUCAUUAUUAGAGCGUGAAGGAUUACAUAUUAUGGACUGGAGGAUGUGCACGGGAGAAUGGGAAAUAUGGGACAAUGGUUUCCACGAGGAAGGCGCCGAGGCCCAGGUAGAGCAACAAAAAAGCUUGAAGGAAAUUGUGGGUUAUUAUGAUGAUAAGGCCUUGAGGGGUCUGAAAUUUGUUUAUCGGGAACAUGGGGAGGGAAAUAGAGAGUUUACCUCAAUUCUAGGAACAACAGAUGCUAUCAAAAGCGACCGCAUAUGUUUCGAGGAGGGAAAACGGGAUCCAAUGGCCGCUAUAGUUAUCUCCUUUGGAGAUGCAGGUAUUCACGGGAUUUUGUUUGUUACUGAAAGCGGUCUCACUAGCGAAGUCUUCGGUCCGCGAUAUUUAGGGACCCACAAAGUUUUUGCUUCAACAUCAGCUUCGAACAUUGAUGGCCCAUCGCAUACGAUCUUCCGGAAAGAAACUAAUGGGGAUAUGAUUGGAUUGCACUGUUUAUAUGAUUACGAGCAAAAAAGGUUCCUCCAACUCGGCCUUGUACUCCUCACCGGCUCCGAGAGGCACGACGAUAUUUAUGGCUCACAAUUACGGCGUCCCAUCCCAUUUAACGAUAUGACUGAUAAGCUUCAGGUAUGGGACGAUGGCCCUCCGCCUAGUAAGUGGUCAAUUGGCUCUAGGCCUGGAGACAUGGGGAUAUGCGACCGUACUUUCAGUGAAGCUGAAUACACUGGAUGGGCAUCUUUUGAGUACCUAAGAAAGAUCACAAUCUACGGGAAAAUGAAGGGCAUCAGAUUUUCAUUCUCACAACCCCAAGAGAGGGAUAGGUUUUUUGGUUAUGAUAACGAAAGCGAGGGAAUUUUUGUGCAGGAAAUAGACUACGAUAAUGGUGAAAGGAUAUUUGGAAUUGCGGUGCUGCCAGGUGAAGAAGCCACACCGAGAGAGACACAGAAAGCAGUAUCUGGAGACGAGGAGUUGGUAGAGAGCGCUUCUUGUGAAGGGGAUUACUCACCGCCUUUAGAAAGAAUUUAUUUCUUAACAAACUGGAAUCGAGCGGAUGCCCCUACACGAGUCAAAUACCGUUUAUCAUGCCCUUACCUCAAAGCCAUCAAGUUUGAUUUCAACUACCACAAACUUAUAUCAUGGGCGCCGAUCUAUGCUCCUUCUGAUAGUGACAAUGAAUCUUCCAAGGUUGUAUCAGAAAUGGUACAAUAUCCGUGGAAGUGCAGAACAGAUGAAAUCAUGCCGGUUGGAGAUAUCAAGCCUACAUCGCGCGUCGCAUGUGUGUUUUUUGACGACGAAGCAGGAAAGGGUGUCGACGCCGUGAAAGGUUACGUUAGUAAGAGUGGGCAGUUCUGUGGGCUAGUAUUUCGAAGGGGUGGUAGUUGGUGUGACAACGUUUUUGGACAUCGUUCGGCCUAUGAGGUGACUAUGGAGCUAAAGAAGGGGGAGAAAUUUACGUCUCUAUACUCUCCUGACGGAAAUACCGGAGCCCUCGCGCUCUGCACGAGCAUGAGUAGGACAACUCCAUGGUUUGGAACAUUUUCCGGACACGUGAGGUUAAAGCAAGCACCAGAAGGACAGGAAGCUGUUGGAAUUUACGGAACUUUGGACCGGGAGAUCCCAUUUUUUACCCCUACCAGAGAGGCCGUCGUGCUGGACACGGUAGGGCUCCUAUACCGACCCAAGAAAGGUUCCAGAAAACGCUCCCUAAGAAUCCCUUCGCCGCCAACAACCUCCGGUUUCCAAAUUCUAGAUAAAGCUACCAAACUCAGAUGGUUCAGUAAUAUUAAAGAAUUUCCAAGAAAAACCAUGCGAUUUUCAUCAUUGGUAGCCCAGCGAACCGAAUUAUAUUCCGAUAGCGAUACAGUCGGACGGACAUACUGUAUUUUUGAUCCAUCCCAACUGGAACAAAUCCUUGUCUGCGUCAACCUUUUUAAACAUAAAGGAAUCACAAGUAUUCGUUUUCGAGGAUCUGAGAAAAUGGGCUUGGUCACAAUGGGUGAGUGGCCAGACAGGGAGCCCAUCACUGUUAAACCACGCCAAAAAAUGAGCAUCUCGGGCCUGAACGGAGAGAGAAUUAUCAGAAUUAAGGUGGCGUUCCAAAGGUCGGACACCGAGGACCGUAUUGUAGGUCUUGUGAUCGAAACCAACGCGGGGAGGAGCAAAACGAUUGUUAGUUCAGAGAUGUUUCCAGAAAAACCAAUACAUUUGUCGGCACAUAACGUCAAAGUUCUUGAGUGUGGAGAGAACGAUGAAAUUGUGGGAUUUCAUGGUGUUGUCAGUACGUAUAAUAUACAUGACAUAGGAUUGGUCGUACGCAGAAAGUGA